AUGAGAACAACCGUGCAUUGCGAAGAAUAUCUUGAUACCAUUGAGAACACACGUCCAAGUGUCUUCGUUUGGUUAGUGACCCUUGUCGUUGCCGGUGUCGAUGGAUUUUUAUUUGGUUAUGAUACUGGUGUCAUUAACGGAGUCUUGGUUACGAUCAAUAAUGAUCUUGGCUUUGAACUCGGAGAUUCAAAUAAACAAUUACUCACCUCAAUUAUUUCAGCUGGUGCAUUAAUUUCUGCAUGCGUGGCUGGAUAUGUAGCUGAUCGGUGGGGUAGAAAAGCAGUCCUGUGGUACUCAACAAUUGUAUUCACUAUUGGAUCAUUACUGCAAGCUGUUUCAUGGCAUUUUGCUCAAAUGGUCGUUGGUAGAUUCAUCGUAGGUAUUGGUGUUGGCGCAGCUGCCAUGGUAGUACCACUGUACAUUGCCGAACUGGCGCCCACUCGAUUUCGGGGUCGUCUAGUCGUUAUUGACGUGCUGUGUAUCACUGGAGGCCAACUUAUUGCAUAUGGUAUAGAUGCAGCCUUUGCCAAUGUAAAAUAUGGAUGGCGUUUCAUGGUCGGUCUCGGUGGUGUGCCUUCGUUCUGUUUAUUCUUUAUACUUCCUAUUCUUCCAGAAACUCCUCGUCAUCUAGUUCGAUGUGGAAGGAUCGAUGAAGCAAAGAAAGUUAUUCGGCGGACAUUCCCUAACGGUAAUGAAGAUAUGAUACAGAGGAAAAUAAAUAUUUUAGUAGCAGUCAAUACGCUUGCUGCUGAAUUUAGAAAAUCAUUGAAGUCGACGUUAGUCGAAAUGUACUGCAAAGGUGAAAACCUUCGUGCUCUGAUCGUGGCAUGUGGAAUCAUGGCUACUCAACAAUUCAGCGGUUUUAACACAUUGAUGUACUACUCGUCUACGAUCUUUAAAAGUAUUGGAUGGUCAUCCCCUAUCGGAGUUGGUACAACUAUUGCAGCAACCAACUUUUUGUUCACUUGCGUCUCACUGAAGUACAUUGACAUUGUCGGUCGUCGAAGAAUGCUCAUUUACACGAUGUGGGGUAUGACAGUUGGUCUUAUCGGUGCAGCUAUCGGAUUUCACUACAUUCCCAAAGAUUCCUUGGGAAACAUCAUCGUCACUUUUGGAGCUCCAUCUACAGGUGCAAUUAUCGUUCUCGUUUGCAUGCUCUUCUUCGUUGCCUCCUAUGCUACCGGUCUCGGAAACGUUCCAUGGCAGAACAAUGAAUUGUUUCCACUUAGUGUUCGUGCGUUGGGUACUACUAUGAUGACGGCAUGUAAUUGGGGACCAAAUUUGAUUGUAUCUAGUACUUUUCUCAGUUUAAUGAACGCAAUUACUCCGUCUGGUGCAUUCGGAUUAUACGCAGGGAUUUGUUUCGUCGGAUGGAUUGCUGCCAUAUUAUUCUUUCCUGAAGUAUCGGGUAUGCCAUUGGAAGAUAUCCAGCAAGUGUUCAAGCACGGCUUUGGAGUACGUUAUGCUGAGAAAUUGCGUAAAGAACGAAAAGUUAUUGACAGAAAAAAUGCACAAAAUAUGCAACCUCCUGUGACAUACAUCAGUCAGAUACAGGAUACAGGAUUACGGCGUUCAACAUUAACAUAG